UCGCGUGAAUGGAUACGACAUUAUACAAGCGUCGACUGCAUGCGUAAAUGACAAGCAAAGCAGAGGUGCUUUAGAUCAGGAAAAAAGCCAUGGCCACAACCACAAGAAGCUGUGCCAAUUCGGCCACCGUACUGCAUGGCAUCCGUCACCGACUGCGAGCCGAUGGCCCCGCGGCUAUCCUUGGCAUCGGCACGGCGAACCCGAAGAACUGCGUACCACAAGACCAGUUCGCCGACUGGUACUUGGACGUAACCAAGAGCGAGCACCUCGCGGAGCUCAAGGCCAAGACGAAGAAGAUUUGUGACAGGUCAGGCAUCACGAAACGCUACUUCUACCACACCGAGGAGAUCAUCGGCGACCACCCGGAGCUGAUCGUCCGCGACCUGCCGUCGCUCACGACGAGGCUCAGCGUCAUCGCCGACGCCGCGCCCAAGCUCGCCGCGGAGGCAGCGUCAAGGGCUAUCGCAGACUGGGGCCGCCCGGCGGCCGACAUCACGCACCUCGUCGUGGCCACCAACGCCGGCGCCAACGAGCCUGGCGUCGACCAGCUCCUCGCGGCGCUGCUAGGCCUCCGCCCGACCGUGCGCCGCACGCUGCUCUACCUCCACGGCUGCUCCGCUGGCCUCGUGGCGCUCCGCGUCGCCAAGGACGUCGCCGAGAACAACCGCGGCGCGCGCGUGCUCGUGGCCUGCGCGCAGGCCAAGAUCCUGAUGUUCGGCGCCCCGGACGACGACGCCCGCCUGGACAAGGUUGUCCCCAUGACGCUGUUCGGCGACGGCGCCGGCGCAAUCAUCGUCGGCGCGGACCCGACAAGCCGCCCCAUGGCCAUGGAGAUAGAGCGGCCCAUCUUCCACAUGGUGUCCGCCUCGCAGACGACGUUGCCCGGCACAGACGAGGCGGUGGUGCUAAGUCUCAGAGAGAACGGCCUCGUCGACGGCCGCCUGUCCGCCGAGGUGCCGAGGCUUGUCGGCGGCAGCUUAGAGCAGUGUCUAGCUGGCUCGCUGGCGCCGCUAGGCCUCGUGAACGAAAGCGACGGUGGCGGUCGCUGGAACGGCUUCUUCUGGGCGGUGCACCCAGGCGGCCGUGCGAUCUUGGACAGCUACGAGGCUACGCUCGGUCUGCAGCCCGGGAAGCUUGCGGCCAGCCGGCACGUCCUGAGUGAGUACGGCAACAUGAUGGGCUCCACGAUCAUAUUUGUUCUCGACGAGAUACGCCAUCGCCGCCGCCGUGAGGAAGACACCAAGGAAAAGGACUGCCAGUUUGGAGUCAUGUCGGGGGUCGGACCCGGACUUACAGUCGAGACAAUUGUGCUGCAUGCUGCCACCGGUAGCCAGGACCAGGACGAAAACUAGUGCUUUUGCGGCUGAGUAAUAAUAAGAAAGUGUUUUACACGUCUAGCUACUUAUUUAUCAAACACCUGCGCGAGAUAUGAUUAGGCUACAUGUAAGCUACUUGAAAAGCAGUCAUGCAUGCUUGCAAAAAGAAGGUUCUUGUUU